ACAGGAUUGAAUGAGCACAGUGUAUUAGCUUGAUCUUCCUUCCCAAACAUCCCUAUUAGUUAUGUGUGUUAUGACUCAUGAAACACCACGGACAUGAUUAAACCAUUUGUAGAGAGGCGCUGUUUUAUGAUGGUUGACUUACGUAAGAAAUUGGUCAUCGUUAUUCUUGUUUUCUGUUUACCAUCUGUGAAUGCUCAAGAUGCCUGUUCAACAGGAUUGUGUCGAUGUUCAUAUCGCACGGCAAUCUGUGGGAAUGCAAAUCUAACCUACAUUCCAAAAUUUCCACGGAGAAUCAGAACAAUAAACUUCAAAAAUAAUUAUUUACCUCAUAUCGACUCAACAACGUUUUUAAAUAUCAGCAACACGAUACGAAUAAUUGAAUUACGCCAUAAUAGCAUUCAAAGUAUCGACGAAAAUGUGUUUCAAAAUCUAUCAAAUGUUCACUUUUUGGACUUGUCUGACAACAGAAUCAAAUUGUUUAAUAUUUCGACCUUUCUACCUAUUAAAUACUUAAGGGUGUUAUUUCUAGGGAAUAACAAAAUUUCGACCAUCGUAGCGGGCGUUAUUAAAAGUCUAAUGUCCAUCACUAUUAAUAACAACAAUUUGGAUGACUUGCCAAACUUUUGUGAUCACCAAUCCUCUUUUCCAAUUUUAAAGAAAUUAACUCUUCAGGGCAACCAUAUUGAUAACUUUUUUCCAGAAAACUUAAACUGUAUGGAUAAGUUGGAAUACCUGAAUUUGAAUGAAAACGGCAUCGUCUCUCUGAAAACGGAUUAUUUUCAUUCUUUCAGGUCUCUGACCUGGCUAUCUAUCAACAGUCAAGGGAGUCCAGAUCCGUUAAUUAUACAAGACCGUGCUUUCAACAACAGCAAAAUUCUUACCCUAAUUCUGUCAAUAAACAUGUUAUCUACUGAUCACUUGAACGAACAUGCCUUCGAUGGAUGUGAUAAUUUACGAAAAUUAGACUUGUCUAAAAAUGAUUUUGUUCAAAAUGAGGAAAAAUUAAAUGUCGCGCUUGCCCCUCUGAAAUCUCUUAAAAGCUUAUAUCUAAAUGAAUGUGGAUUACGAAAUAUACCCAAUGUUGUAGCUAAAUAUCUUCACCGUCUAAAUUAUUUGUAUAUUGGUGUAAAUAGAAUUAAAUCAUGGCCUGAUAAUUUCUUUGAAAAGAAUAUUGAUUUGCAAGACUUAAACGUGGCGGACAAUAUAAUUCAAACUAUUACAAAUAAAAUGUUGCCUAAAAUGUUAACAGAAAGGCUGAAAAUAAUAGCAUUGGGCAACAACCCAUUCGUGUGUAAUUGUGAAUUAGUUUGGUUAAUUCAGUGGAUUCAUCGAGAACCAGACAAGUUUUUUGAAUAUCCUAAGGGAUACAGUUGUCUCAACAUAACUGAAAAAAUAUGUCUGAACAACACAGGACUUUUUAUUUCAGUGACAACUGUUACGUGUUUCUUUAUCUUUGUUAUUUUCAUCAUGUCCGUUAUCUACAAAUAUAUCUGGCAUAUUAAAUAUCAUAUUUAUAUGUUGAGAUACAGACCUAGGCAGUUAUUGGAUAUUGCAGAGAAACAUUUUGUUUAUGACGUGUUUGUUGCGUACUGUGUAGAAGAUAGAGACUGGGUUAGAGAUAAUCUUGUACCUAUCAUGGAAGAUGGUGAAAAUAUUAAACUGUGUAUCCAUGAAAGAAAUUUUCAAGUUGGAAGAUUUAUCAUGGAUAAUAUUGUACAGCAUAUGGAGAACAGUCGUAAAGUUCUUGUUGUUUUGUCCAAUGAUUUUGCUAGAAGUAAAUGGUGUCAGUUUGAAAUGAGUUUAGCCCAGAAACUAGUUAUAGAUAUGAGUAUAGAGUCAAUAGUAGUCGUAUUACUAGAAAAUAUAGCAACAGUUAAUAUGAGUAAGUCAUUGAACGCCCUAUUAAAAACAACUACUUAUAUCUCAUGGGAUGAUGAAGGCGAAGAAGAUGUAUUUUGGCAUAAAAUAAAAACAUCACUAAAACGCCCAUAUCAAUUAUGAUCAAGCCAGAGUACACACAGCUUCUACUGGGUAAGACUUGCUGCAUGAAAGUAGGACGUUAAACCCUAUUUCAUUUCUACUCGGGAGGUGGGUGGUCUGUGUAUAGUCCAUUUGGAUCCUGUAUUUUAACAUUUUAAGAGAAGAAAAGUCUGAUUUACUCAUUUUGUAUAGGGCUUGUUUUGUAUUUUUAAUUUUUGGUAUUUUUGUUUUAUCUAGGAAAUAUUAUACAUAGAGAGCUGGGUUUUAACUGUGUUGGUAUUAUAUUACUAGAAAUAAUAUGUAUCAUCUUCAGCGGCGUUUAUAAAUAUAUAUUUUUCGAUUCAUGCGUAUAUUAUAUACUAUAAUAUAUAAUCUGUAGAUCUAAUUACCAAAUAUUUAUUGUUAAUGUUUUAUUUUACUUAUAAAAUGCGCCGGUGUAUAAUAGUGAGUGGACUAAUGUUCGGGCAUAAUUAUAGUCAUGCUUGGAAUCAGUACUGUACCCAAACAAAUUGAUGUUUACAUACACAGAGAGUAUUUGAGUAUAGUCUUUGAUCCGAUGUUAUGAUUGUCCAAAUCGUCACGAUUCUGCACUGGUCGAUUCCUUUGACGUAUUUUACUCCCAAGAAUGUCCCAGAUAUGCUCAAAUGGAUACCAGUAGUGUUGUAGCAGUGGACUACUGAAGCAGAAAAUCGAAACGACACGCGCUUGGUGUGAUCUAGGGUUGAUGUCCAUAAACAUUGGCCUUGUUAAAGAGGAUCUCUGUUUGGUACCGUUUGUCAUUAAUGUUACCUUAACCUGUUACCAGUGGACGCUUACAGUUAUAUCAUGGAACCUGCUAGCCGUGCAGAUGUCUUCUGAUGAGGGGGGGAUCACGUGGCUAAGUGGGUAAGACGCUAGCUCGCUAGCCUGGAGGUCGGGUGUUCGAUCCCUGCAUUGGCCGAGAAAGUUCAUCCAGAUUUUCCGGCGUGGUUCCCCCUUGUCAGUGAUGCAGGACAGAGGGCCUGAAAAGGACAGCUGUCUAGUCCUUCGUAUGAGACGAAAAACCGAGGUCCCGUGUAUACAUUGGAAUGCACGUAAAAGAUCCCUUGGCAGUUGGGAUUCGAUAUAAGAGUAGGCGAUGGUGCCGCUGCCCGGGCAAAAUUUCCCUCAUAGCACACUGUAUGGCGUAUGCCCGUCUUCAUUAGCCCAGUAUCGGAGCAGAACAGUAGGACGUUAAACCCCAUUUCAUUUCAUUUCAUUUCUUCUGAUGGGUCUCGUAGUUCCAUAUCCAACCGAUUUAACCCGAUUACGAACAGUCCAGAAGGAUGGUGGUGGUGAGGUAACCAUUCCUUUUUAACAUAGUGCUUGGCGCUAACAAUGAUGUUCCACGAGUCUCAGUAGUGAUGUGUCGUCUCUUGCUGACGUAUUGCGAGGUUUGCCAGAACGUUGACGGUCCUUUACAACAUCAGUCUUUUCAUGUUUUUGCAAUAAUCGAUUAUGGGCGGAGGAGUGGUGACCCAACGGUCGCCCAAUCUGUCUCAAUGACACCCGAGCAUUCCGCUGUAGUGAGUUGUCGCGGUCCCGCUGUGAAGUACAGACAGUGGACACAGCGAUUUUGAAACUUUCCUCAAUCCAAUGGCUGAUAACCUAAACAUGCUUUCUAUGGCACAACGGAUCUGUUACGUGCUGCACUGGCUGCUUUCACUUGUAUAUAUUUGCAUAUAUUUAUUUACGUGGGUGCAUACGUAAACUUAUAAACUUCUCAUGGGGGCAUAAACGUUCGGGUGUUUUUCUCUGUGUAUAUGUAUCACACACAAUCUGUAGUAGGCCUGCUUUUGUCGAAAUAAAGUUUACAUUUGUUUUUUUUUUGCUUGUGUGUUUUAGACAAAAAAAAAGUAAUACCAAUUCUAUUCUGUCAUCGUUUUCGUUCAGAACUGUUUA